AGGCUACUUGUUACUGAUCCAAAGGCAUAUAAAUGUGGCGCUCGACGAAGCAGCUCUGCCCCGGUCUUUAUUUCAAACUUUAGCCUGCAUUUGCUGACGAUAAAUUGGAUAUACUAAAGCUUUUGGAUACAACUUCAUCGGAUAAUACUUUUUGUUUUAAAGGAGUUAGGAUUAGUUUUUCUCAUUGAAAGUGUGUGGGACUGCCCUGUGUCCUGGUGCCUCCCAUGUCCUGGCCUGCUGAGGCUGUGGCUGCUGCUGGGUCUGGUGUCUGCUCGCUGGGCUUGGGCUAGAGCUGAACCAGGGCUUCUACUGGUGCUGGUGAGUGUCCCAUCGCAGGGGCCUGGAGGAGCCUAGUCCGUCUGGGCCAAGGGGCCUCUCCGGACCACCUCCCAGACACACGAAGAUGAACAAACUGACCAGCUUCCACAACAACAAAGCUAUGCAGGACCGCCGCUGUGUCUGCGUCUUCCUCCCCAACGACGACACUCUCAACGUCAUUGUCAAUGUGAAGACAUUGUGUCAGGAGCUGCUGGUCCAGGUGUGUGACCUGCUCCGACUGAAGGACUGUCACCUGUUUGGACUCAGCGUCAUUCAGAACAAUGAGCACAUCUACAUGGAGUUGGGUCAGAAGCUGUCUAAGUACUGUCCCAAGGAGUGGAAGAGAGAGGCCAGCAAGGGCAUCGAUCAAUUUGGGCCUCCCAUGAUCAUCCACUUCAGGGCUCAAUAUUACGUUGAGAAUGGGAGAUUAAUAAGUGACCGCUCAGCGCGGUACUACUACUACUGGCACCUGAGGAAACAGGUGUUGCUAUCGCAGUGUAUGCAGAGAGAAGAGGCCUACUUCCUGUUGGCAGCCUUCGCCCUCCAGGCCGACUUGGGCAACUUCAAACGCAACAAGCACUUUGGAAAGUACUUUGAACCUGAGGCCUACUUCCCUCCAUGGGUGAGGGCCAAGCGAGGCCGGGAUUACAUCCUGAGACACAUCCCCAACAUGCACAAAGACCUGUUUUCCCUCACCGCCUCGGAGGCUCAUCUUAAAUACAUCAAGGAGUGUGCCCAGCUGGAUGAUGUUACAGUCCACUACUACAGACUAUAUAAGGACAAAAAGGAUGUGGAGGGUUCCAUGACUUUAGGACUGACCUUGCGUGGGAUCCAAAUAUUUCAGAACGUGGGGACAGUGAAAGAGCUCCUGUAUGAUUUCCCCUGGACCAAUGUGGGCAAACUGGUAUUUGUGGGUAAGAAGUUUGAGAUCCUGCCGGAUGGUCUCCCGUCGGCCCGUAAACUGAUCUACUACACCGGUUGUCCCCUGCGGUCCCGCCACCUCCUACAGUUACUCAGCAACAGCCAUCGCCUCUACAUGAACCUGCAGCCUGUUCUCAAACAAGUCCGAAGGCUGGAGGAGAACGAAGACAAGAAGCAGUACCGUGAGUCGUACAUCAGCGAUGCGUUGGAGCUGGAUAUGGACGGGCUGGACAAGCGUUCCCGGGCCAGCGGCAGCAGCGCCGGCAGCACCGUGUCUCACCUCAAACGCCUUUCUCGCCACUCCACCGCCAGCCACAGCAGCUCACGAACCUCUGGGGUGGAGACAGACAGUUUCCUGGCCCCUGGAGGGGCCCUACACAGGGCCCUGAGAACCUGCAGCUCUUCAACUACUAGCCAUGGGAGCUCACACACCUCGGGGGUCGAGAGCGGGGGCAAGGAGCGGAUUCUGGACGAUGAUGAGAUUGAGAUGUUAGUGGACGACCCGAAAGACUAUGAGGAGCUCCAUGAGCUGACCCUGGACCUGAACCAGGACCUGUGCAUCCACAUCACCGAGGACAUGCUGACCAUGUCCCCUGACCAGACCAACGGAUACUCUGGACUCAUAGUGAAGGAGGUCAGCUCAUCCACCUCCAGUUCCUCUGAGACCGUUGUGAAGAUGAGAGGCCAGAGCAUUGAGUCUCUUCCUCAGACGACGGUGUGCAGGAAGCCUCAGACAUCGACGGACCGCCACAGCCAAUCCCUGGACGAUGUGCGUCUCUACCAGAAGGGCUGCCUCCAAUGGGCGGAGCUAUGCCAGGACACCGCCCACAGCUACACCUUUGGCUGUGCCCAGGAGCUGAGCGACAGCAGUGGUUACCAGGGCAACCUUGCCGAGCAGUGCGCCGGGAUCCGCGGUGAUCAGCUUGACGGCUUCCCCAUCAAGAGGACCAGCAAGUACUUCUCCCUGGAGCUGACCAGCGACGAAGUCCCAGAGUUUGUGGUGUGAUGGAUGGAUGGGGGAGGCAAAAAAAGGGUGGCCUCAUGACCCCUGCCUCCACCGCUCAGACCUGUAGGUGCCUCAGGAAACAGAAUGGGACGAGAGAAGAGCGUUUGAGGUUUGGAGAGGUGAUGCUUGGUUUAUCUGUCUGUUGCCAUAACCUGUCAGCCAUAACAGCCAUCUGCACCGUACUGGGAAGAGUCAGACGGAGGUUAAAAGCCCUAUAAUCCACCAGAAUGACAUCGCCAGUCAACGUAACCAUGGUAACACCUGAGACGACCUACACCGGAGAGACAGAUAACUGAUAACGAAAAGCCCUUUCAGAGGAAUCUUUUGCCAAAACGGGGGUAUAAUAACAAAUAUUUAAAAAACAAAAGGAUAAACCUGUUCUGGGUUUCCAGGAAAUCUGACAGCAUCUUUUACACGGACUGAUAAUAGUCCACAGUGACACUCUGGUUGGGAGAGUAAAGGGAAAAGUUAAGGAACGUCAAGGAAUAUCUCACCAUCACCCUGUUAUUUAUACAACCUCUGACUUUAUUCCAAAGCAUGUACUUUAUCCAGAAUGUUUUUUUGGGAUCUGAACCUUGAUAAUGCUUUCACAGAAAACUAAAAUCAACGUCUUGUGUUUGCCUACUAUGACUUUACUAACGCAGUACUACACACAUACCAUAAAACACACACAGCCAAUAUCAAAAUGUUCUGCCAUGAAGAGUAGAUCCCACUCCUUCCCCUACAAAAAAUACAUAGUGAAUCUAUUUGUGCUAUGAACCAAAGACAAGUUGCAUUAAACUAAAGAAAAAAUGUCAUGUCCACUUAUUAUUAUUAUUGUAGUGUGUAACCAAUCAAUGAAAUGAUACAGCUUUGUGAGUCCAUGACAGGAUAUUAUGACGUCACAAUGAGCAGGAUCUGGAUUGAUCCAGAAUCUAGAGGUUGAUCCAGAAGAAGAAACACUGAUGAUGUCCUGCAUCUCCCUUCCCUCUGUCUCCAGUAUGUAGUAUGUAUGACAUGAUAUGACAUCAUCUCGGAGCCCAGAACCAAAUCCAGCAUGCGCUAGUCUGAGAUUAGACAUGACACGCCAUUUCUCCUCUCUUUGCCAGGAAGUGCAAUGUGCCAACAGUUCCUCUGUAGAGCUGUCUGCUCGUGUGGGGAGGAGCCUGAAAUUAGGAACACACCCCACAUGCCUUCAUUACACCUAUGCAAGUCCUGAACCACAACCGUGCCUUGACAAUCAAUCCCAGCUUCUCGCUUAGCAACACUUGCCCACUUCCGUUUUUAUGUCAUACGGCUCCCCUCUACCUUUAUUGUUGCUCAGCAGUAUAUUUGGUAUUUAAUCAUUGACAUCAGACUUUAAAAAUCAUUAUUCAAACAGUCUGUUUAUUAACCAGUAAUCAUUGAAGGGGAUUACCUCUAUAAUGAUGUCAUCUACCAUCCCUAUUCUACCAUCCUUAUAACAGACAUAUUUGAAUCUGUGACAGUUCGUUUCCUGUCACGCGACGUGGAGAACGGGCGACGUCAUCGGCUGUUUCAGGUCUGCUCUGUUGCUUGGGGCAGGAUGAGUUUCUACAUGCCCUCACCUGUCUGUGUGCGCAGAGCUGAGAAAAUCCAAGACGUAAUCCACACACAGACAAAAUGGAGUUUGGUAGUGUUUAGGCCAGCUCUCAAACUGGGAUUUAGACUUUUCUUUCUGUAUGCUGAAACAUGAUGAUAUUAUUAUUCACUCAGCUGUCUUUGUUAGUUUUGGGGGUUGUCGUGUUUGUUCUGUCUCAAUUUAUUAUUUCAAACUGGAACUUGUUAAAACAUUUUUGUUACUUUUUAUUUGAUCAUUUUAGCUAAUUGGAAGUUUUAAGUAAUAUUUUUGGAAUGGAGCUUUUUUAGAACAAUAAGAUGCAUUGUAUUUUUUUGAAAAGUUAUUAUUUGUGUGCGGUUGAUGUCAGUCAGUAUUAUAAGCAGUGCACAUUUAUGUGACAGUAUUACAAACCUGUGAAAUCACAUUCACUUUAAAAAAAAUAUUGUGCCCUUUUUUUUUUACCCAGCGAUAGUCUCAUUUCAUCUUACAGUAGCUGAAGAAAGUUGAUGCCUAAGGAUUUUUACAUUGCUCAGUUAAUUGGCCAAGAGCUAAACAAUUUUCACAAGGUUUGAAACACACAACUACACAAGUCAUGUUCAUAUAAAGAUGUCUUUAUUAUACCUUACUAUGUGUGGAUCCAGACAAGGCUGUCUGGCCUCUUUUUGUUCUUCUUGAUCUAUUCUCUUAGAGUUCUAACUAAUACAUCUCCAAACCAUACCUUCUCAAUAGAAAUGGAAAGUAGAGUUUGUCUUCCAAAUGUCUUUCACACAGUACUUUUGCAUUUCUUCCCCACUCAGUAAAACCUUAUUGAGAAGGCCGUGUCAGUAUCAUUAACCUCUUCAUUUCAUGUAUGGUAAUAGUACACUAUGCAUGUACAUUUGUAAUCCUAGACUCAUUUGUGUUACCUAAUAUCUCUGGAAUAAUAAACAAAAUGCGACUUCCUGAUGUAUUUGGAAUUAUAGACCACUAUGUCCCUCAGUUAAGUAAUUGUUUUGGAUCAACAUUCUCGUGAGCUUUUCCAAUGCUGCUCCAGGGAGCUACGUAUGCUCUAGAACCUUGUUUUAGAAUGUUCUAGAAACAGCUCUGCUGUGGUACAGUGGAGAGACCUGACAGUUCCACUUCUCUUCACAGCUGGUCUCAUCAGCUGGACACAUCGGCCUAGAACCACAGAACAAGGUGUCUUGAUCUAGAACCACAGAUCAGGCCAAGGCAGCAAGACGUGAUUGUUGGAAAGAAAUGUGUAAUAAUGAAUACACUUAUAAAAUUGAUAUUUUUGUGUGAUUUCAAAGUAAAAGCUCACACUGUAACAUUUCAUUUCUAACGACAUGUACCUAGCUUCUCUUUUUUUUACUCUUAUAAUUUCUACUUAUUAAUAUUGGGUAUCCGAGCAAACAAAGACUUGUUGACAAGUUGAAAUAUUUUUCUGGUAGAUCAUUGAUGUUCUAUGCUGUAUAAAGCCAGUGUGUGUCCAGGUGCACCGCCAUAGAACCAGAACAACAACCUGAAAAACCUUAGCAUUUGGUUCAACUCUCUCCUUUGGUGGCUUAGCUUCUACACGCACCCUUACUGUAUGUCUGCAACUAAGUAUCCAUAGUCCUUUCUGUGAAAGGAUCGCCCUUCAGGAAAAACAUGAAUGAUUUAGUUGUUUUCUCAAACCCUGUUGUAGUGAAACAAUAUUCAAUAAAAAAAUAAAAAAACA